AUGAGGAUGAAGGUGGUGCUCUGCGUGACCAGUGCUCUCUUUCUCAUUUUACACGCAUGCUGCGCAAGUAAUGAAACGUCGGAUGAAGUGAAGGAGUGUUGCCCAGACCAAGUUCAAUAUGGAGUGUACGACAGAGAGACGGGUGCCAUCCGGUGCGAAAGUGUCAACGGAACAAGCACAAAUCCCUCGCUGUCAGAAUGCAGUUCCAAAAUGGAACUAGUCCCGUUCGACCAAACCGAUCGGAACCUCUCCACGAUCCCAUUUUGCCAGGGAAAAUUCCACGCCGGAAGUUGGGACGGGAGCAACGGGACGUUCAUCCAGGGUUAUCUCUUCUGUCUGUCCGAAGCUGAGCGAGAGAAAACAGACUCGAGAAUCCUGAUAAGGAAAUGCUGCCCGUUAGGAGAGGGCUACAGUCGGGUUUGGGAAAAAUGCUUACCUCUCCCCUUCGACUGGACGUUUCCGGUCUUCGACCCGGAAACAGAGGAAAUUCGGACUUCGUUACCAAGCGAAUAUCGGCUCCGUAUCGACGAUCUGACUUCAAUUUCUUGCCACAAGUAUUUUUUCCCCUUGGACACAGACCACGACUUCGUAUCCCUGGAAAACGGGGAGCUGUACUCUCGAGCUGCGAAUUCCACGUAUUCAAACGAGCAGUUCUGUCUGGAUUACGAUAUGAUGGACGAAUCCAAGGUGAUUCAGGCCCGGAUUUGCCACCCGAUCGAGAAGAAAAUGCGAGAGUGCGAAGGGAAGGCAUGUGUCCAGAAAUGCUGUCCCGAAAAUGACUUCGUUUACUUGCAUGGAGGUCGCAUCCGAUGCAGACCGGCUGGAAGGCGAUGGGAUCCCAGGAAUUAUUCCCGAUCCGAUCUGGGGCUGAAUCGGUCAGAAAAAGAAAUUCGUGUCAUCGCAGGCCUCCCGAUGUGUGUGCGUCUGCCAUCUAUUUAUAUGUAUUUAAUGCCUAACUCAAGCCGGAAUCCAGACGAUGAUUUCUCCUUGAUGCAGACCACAGGAUUAAUUCUGAAGGGGUACCGUAACUUUGUCGUCGACGUCCCUCGAUAUUGCAUCGAUGAUACGGGUAACAGCUCUGAGACAUUGGAACCUAUAGCCGUUGUGUGCUAUCCGGACUUUCAUGAGAUUUUUCGAGUCGCUUUUUCGCUGAUCCUCGCGACUGCAGUGGUCUUGCUGGUCACCUUCAUUUUUGGACUCUUUUCCCACGAACGAAAGAGCCUGACAGGGAAGAUUUCUUUAUUCUACGUUGGCUGUCUCGUGAUUUCUUCCAGUGCAGAAUGCAUGAGUCUGGUCGCCUCGUUCGACCUCUAUUUUCUCUGUUUGGUUUACGAUUUGGUCCUCAUUUACGCGUCCCUGGCUGCAUUCUGCUGGCUCAACGUCAUGGGCUUCCAUGUUUGGAGGAAUUUUAGCGUCCCAAUAUCGGGUCUACCAGAGCAGGAGAGGAGAAAUCUGCUUCAUUAUUGCCUGUAUGCAUUCGGGCUCCCGGCGCUCUUGGUCGCGAUCGUCUUCAGCGUGGGAUUCGCUCCGGGCAUCGUCCCUCCGUUCAUCCAGUCCGGAGAGUAUAUCAAGAUAGCGGGAUUUUGCAUGAUCAUUCCGGUGUAUCCUGCCUUAAAGUGGUGCUUCUAUGGUCUAAUGGCCUCGCUCCUGGUGAUUAAUGCAGUUUUCUUCGCUCUUACAAGUCGUUACUUGAUUCAGCAUUCCAGGAACACCGCUUAUCUGGCCAGAAGUCGGGAACAAAAACUCCAAUUCUGGCUGUACGUGAAGUUGUUCGUGCUGAUGGGAGGAACCUGGUUGAUCGCGAUUAUCGGCCAUUUCACCAUGCAAAAUCUGGAGUUUGCAUACGUGACGUAUGCCCUGACCGGUCUUCAAGGAUUCUUCGUCUUCCUCAUCUUCGUUUGUAAAAAGGAAACCACGAAAUGCUUGAAGACGAAGGGUAACGACUGCCUUUCCAGAGAAAGAAAAGAGGUUCCUUUCGGGAAGAAUCCCAGAUGCGGGGAGCGAGGGAGGGUCAGAUGCGAUGGUGCGAUGGCAGAGAAACAGCAGGAUGAGAACAGUCGUGCCCGAAUAGGGGACCAGCGAAGCAGCGAUCCAAAGGAGAAACGGAAGACGACUGGGGCAGUCGGAGAGAUGAGUGCCCUGCAUUGCCUCAACUCCCUUCUCCAGGGGGAAUACCACACUACAGAUGACUUGGCAGUUCUUGCUCAGAGGACAACCGACAGUGCCUCAGAGUCUGAAGAAUUCAGAGGAUUCGUGUCUGACCCAUUAGGGUAUGACAGUGGACAGAACUCAAUACUGGUGAUGAGCAAAGCCUUGGAAUUGUGGAAUCUUACCCUUAUUCCCUUCAGCAGUGAUUGCUCCAAGGCUGUUGCUGCCAGAGAGUAUCCUAUGGCUCCAACAGCUUAUAUUUGCAUCUGCCACCAUGAUUGGUUUGCCAUUCGCAAGCUUGGAUACCAGUGGUUCAACCUGAAUUCAAUGUUGAGUGAACCUGAGAUGUUAUCUGAAACACAUCUGUCCUUAUUACUUGCCCAGUUGGAAGCAGAUGAAUAUUCUGCUGCAUUCAUUGUGGAUGGAUUCCUCCCUCAAUGUGAGGCAGAUGAUAUCCUCCGCAUCACACCAGCUGUUCAGGCCACAAAGCAAAAACUCAACUCCCAACCAGAGAACAUAGGUGGUGAUUGGGAUGGAAACAAUAGAGAGGAAGAUCCAGAGUUGAGACAGGCUCUGGAAGCAAGCAUGGAUGAAACCCUGGAAGAGCAAUUCCAUGAACAGUUGACAGCUGCAUUAGCCCUUAGCAGGAACAUGGUUGGGGGAAGGAGUCAACCAGAAGAGUGUACUUCAGCUUUAGGGUACUCAGCAGAGUUGUCGGAAGCACUGCAGGAUGUGUCCAAGCUUGAUGAGGCAGUGCUUUCCUGUUGGGAGGCAGAGAUGGUGGAUCAAUUCCAGUGCCCUAAGAGGGAAGAAAAGUGGCGGGAGGGUGUGGCAAAGUCUGCAUUCACCUACCUUCUCCUGGAUCCCCGCUUGACACAAAACCUCCCUGCUCGGACUGAUCUCUGUGAAACGGAGAAGCUUCGCAUCUUUGUCUCUUCUGUGUUCUACAUUGGAAAGGGGAAGCAGAAUCGCCCAUAUCAUCACCUCUAUCAAGCACUUCGAACUACCAGGAGCCAGCACCAGGAGCCAUUAAAGGCAAAGAGGAUCCAGGAGAUCUGGGGGAGUGAGCAGGGUGUGGUCCUCCUUCAAGUUUUCCAUUCUGUAAUCCCUGUGGAGGCCUACUCAAGAGAAGCUGCCAUGAUUGAUGCCAUUGCAAAGGAAAAUGUUCGUAUCUAUUUCACUACGAAGCGAGACAGCAAAACCCAAGCAGCAUCAGGCAUGGUCACACCGGGCAGGCGAGUCCCCGCCUCUGACCGAGACGCCAGCGACAUCCCUCUCCGGCUGGAGGCUCGACCAUCAGUCCCCCACCCGCCCGCCGCCCUCGCCUUCCCCAGCUUCCCUUUUUUUAUUUCCUUCCCACAGCAACAGGGCCAGUUGUGCGCCCAACAUUGCCUGAACGCUCUCCUGCAGGGGGAGUAUUUCACUGCAGUCGAUUUGGCAGCCCUUGCUGAACAAAUGGACAUUGCUGAGCAGCAGAGGAUGGCUGAGAGUGGCUUGGAGUCUGAAGAAUUCAGAAGGUUCAUGUCUGAGCCAUCGGGGAACAUGGAUGACAGUGGGUAUUUCUCAGUCCAGGUGAUCAGCAGUGCCUUGCAGUUGUGGGAGCUUGUCCUUAUUCCCUUCAACAGUGGUCAUGACAAGGCUAUUGUUGCCAGGAGUGAUCCUACAACUGCAACAGCCUAUAUUUGCAACUACCGCAAUCACUGGUUUGCCAUUCGCAAGCUUGGAUAUCAGUGGUUCAACCUGAAUUCAAUGUUGACCGGUCCUGAGCUGUUGUCAGAUACACAUCUGUCCAUAUUUCUUGCCCAGCUGGCAGCUGAAGGAUAUUCCAUAUUCAUUGUGGAUGGGUUCCUACCCCAGAGUGAGGCAGAUGAUUUACUUCGUAUCACACCGGCCGUCCAGACUGUGAAACCCAAACUCAUCUCCCAACCAGAUAAAGAUGGAGACGCGGAAGAGGACGAUCUGGAGCUGAGACGGGCUCUGAAGGCAAGCAUGGAGGAUCAACUGGAGGAGGAAUACCAUGAACAGUUGGCUGCUGCAUUAGACCUAAGCAAGAACAUGAAGGGGGAAGGGAGUGAACCAAAUGAAGGUGAGCACAAUGGAGCAGGUGGAGACGAAGAUGAAGAUGCUCUGUUUCAGAGGGCAUAUCAACUUAGCCUCUCUUGCGUGAAUAAUGAGGAGGGGAGCCAAGUGCCAACUCCAAGUGCUGCUGAGAUACGAGAAAGGAGGAGAGCAUUUCUUGAUAAAGUUUCUUCAACAGGGACCAAGGAGGCAAUGUGAUGUGAUCCAUGUGCUGGACAACUGCUGGGAACUCAUUGGAGUUCUCCAACUUGUGAUACUGGACUUUGAGAUACAUUUCCUCUAUUAGCAACUGGAAUGGUUGUGUAUGCACCUUUUUCUUUUGCAUUGGUAAAGGACUAAUGCCAUUGUUCGUUCCUUCCUGACUUGUGUUUAUAUUUGUGUAUUUGGGUGUGAUGAG